CCGCCUGCCAGGCGCAGGAUGCGUGGGGCGGUCGCCACCCUCCGCGACGGGGCGAAGCCCCGGGGGAGGACAGGGGUCACCACGCUGGUCCCGGGGAACCGUACAGACACCUGCGCUCGGCUGCAGCCGCCCCCGAGGGGCACUUUGCAAGUCCUCCGUGGUGAUGGCACCUCCGUGGGAACUGUGCUCAUUUUCCACUGCCCCUCUGGCCACCAGAUGAUGGGGUCUGGCCUCCUCACCUGUGCCUGGAAGGGAAGCAUCGCUCACUGGUCUUCAGGGACCCCUGUGUGCAAGUCUGUGCCACCACACGAGACCUUCGGCUUCAAGGUGGCCGUAAUCGCGUCCAUCGUGAGCUGCGCCAUCAUCCUGCUCAUGUCCGUGGCCUUCCUCACCUGCUGUCUGCUUAAGUGUGUGAAGAGAAGUGAGCAGCGGCGCUCCAGCAGGACGGCCCAGCUGUGGUACCAGCUGAGAGGCGAGGACCUGGAGACGGUGCAGGCUGCGUACCUAGGCCUCAAGGGUCAUAACCACAACAACAGCAGCAGUGGCGGUGCUGGUGGCAAGCUGGGGAGCCAGGCCAGCCAGGCCCAUGACAACCACAGCUUCGCCAU